ACUCAGUACUUAGCUAAGAUGCAGUAUAGAUGCAGCACCCUUACGAUUAUAUAGACUUAAAAUUUAGCCAGCAAAAGUGUACUACAGAGCUUACUUCAAAAGAUUCCUUCAAUAUAUCACACGAACCGGUUUCUACAGAAUCACACGGAUGCAGUUCUACAAAUACUUUACCUCAACCGUUUUCACGCACUUUAUCAAACUCUUCUCUUUCGCUUCAAAACUCAACUAAUUUUAUUCCAUCACAAUCCGCCCUUAGUCCUACAAACUACCUGUUUCAGGAAAAAAAUAUUUUUCCCGAAUUAUACACGCCAAGUGAACAUCUUUUUUCUUUAAAUAAAAAAGAUGCUGUAAAUUUGUACCACUUAAUCCAUUUUUCGCCUCUUGGAAAUGGACCUGGUAAAAACGAUGUUUUAAAAUCUACUUUCAGAAUUCUGCCUCAACUUCCUCAAACUCAUAGAGACGUUAACUUACCUUUUGUUUUUAGUUUACGUCCUUUUUCGGAGGAGGUAAAUUUUAGUAAAAUUGAGCUUUCAGAAUCCGAAAGAUGUGAGUUCUGCCGUUCGUUUAUUAACCCCUUUGUUACAAUUAACGAUGGUUCUUGGGCUUGUAGCAUCUGUCUUAAUCUAAAUAAAGUCCCCCCAAAAAAUUUAAUACUCCUACGCGAAGCUUUUGUGGAGUUUAACGCAACCGAAGAGUUUGUGCAAUUCUCUCGUGAACCUUCACCUGCUUGUUAUAUUUUUCUAGUUGAUACAAGUUUAAAAAGUUUCAAAAGUGGAGUACUUGAACUCACCUUAUCUAGUUUAAUUUCAAAACUUCACUCUUUACCAGGAGAUUGUCGUACUCGUGUUGCAAUAAUAACUUUUGACCACCAGAUUCAUUUUUACCGCUACGAAGAGUCCCUUCUUAGACCGCAAAAAUGUACCUCUCCAGAGUUAGAAGGCACUAUCUAA